GAGAAGAUCCUGGAGAUCCAUGUGAAUGGCUUGGAUGGUGAAGAGAUUGUGCUGAAAGUACCGGACUCAAUGACAGUGCGGGAGCUCAGAUGCACCGUAGCGGCGCAGCUGCCGGAGAAGACUGGAGCCUUCAUCUCAUUGCAACACCAGGCCUCCAUGCUCUCGUUGAAGCGGACAUUGAAGGAGGCAGGUCUGGCAGGACCAGUUGAAACCUUGAACUACAUCUACAUGCCUGCGAACGUGCACCACGCCUGGAAAUUCCUCAAGAAGCUCCCAGUGAACGAGGGAGAAGUGGCGAUGCAGGGCAUUAAAGUCAUUGAUGGGAUCCGCUACAAAGAUCAGAUGACGGAUCUGCCCGACGGCUUGGAAGAGUUAGGUUUUCACUCCGCGUGCAACGUGCGCCUGGAAGAAGUGGACGUGCCACGAAGCUUGCGCACUUUGACCUAUGGUGCCGCCUUCAAUCAGCCCUUAGAGUUCAUGAACUGGCCCGACCUGCAGGUGCUGAACUUCGGCCUUUUGUUUGACCAGGAGCUGAAAGAGGUGAUCUUCCCUGCGACUUUGAAGUCCUUGAGCUUCAGCGACCACUUCAAUCAUCGCUUGGAGAAAGCCCGCCUUCCACAAGGCUUGAAGACCCUGGUCCUGGGGAAGAGGUUCAAACAGGACUUGGAUCAGGUGGUGUUUCCUCCGAAUCUCGAGACGUUUCAGAUCGGCCUAGAGAGGGUGAACUUUCCCGAGAGCCUGGAGAAACUGAUUUUCGGCUCCGACUUCAACCAGAGUUUGACCGUGGCCAAGUUGCCAGAGAACCUCCAGUUGUUGGCGGUGAGCGAUGCCUUUGACCAAUGCUUUGGUGAUGCGCUGCCGGUGAAUCUGACGUUGCCUCGGAGCUUGGAGACACUGACCUUCGCCAGCAAGUUCAACCAAAGCCUUAGCCAGGUGAGCCAACUCACCAACCUCAAAAGGCUGGUGCUUGCGGAGAGCUUUACCUACCGGUUGGCCGACUUCGAGUUGCCAAACAGCUUGGAGAGUUUGACUGUGGGCAGCACUGUGAACUUGAGGGAUGCCAAGCUGCCGCCCAGCUUGAGGCAGUUCAGCUUCGAUUGGGAGUUCGACGAAAGUAUUGACGACGUGGAGUUCCCCGAUUCGAUCGAAGACCUUCACCUGGGGCGGGUCUUUGACCAGAGCCUGGACCGCGUGCUUUGGCCACGGCGUCUUCAGACGUUGAGCUUUGGGACGCACUUCAACCAACCCAUCUCGAAGGCAAAGUUUCCGGAUACUUUGAAGAGUAUCUCCUUUGGGAUGAUGUUCAACCAAUCAUUGGACCAAGUGGCGUUGCCCUCACGGCUGGAAUCCCUGAGCUUUGGCUGGGCCUUCAAUCACAGUCUCGACCAGGUGAUCUUACCUGAGACCUUGACCAGCCUGGUGAUGGGUGACGGCUUCAACCACUCCUUAGAACGUGUGAAAUUCCCUGACGGACUGCAGCAUUUGGCCUUUGGCCGUGCCUUCAAUCAGAACUUGAAUCAAAUCAUUUUGCCGAACUUAACGACCCUGAUCUUCAACGAUCACGACUGGAAUGAGCGGUUCCAGGACCUGGAGCAUGCCAACUUACCACGAAGCCUCACCACGCUGAGCUGUCAAGGAGUGGUGAUCAGCUCCAAAAACGAAGCCCAUCGGAUGGAGGAGUCCUAG